AACAAGACACCAAGGUAAGGUAAGAGGUAAGAUUAUGGCAAGCACCUUGUCAUACUUUCUGCUUUUAUCACAAUAUUCCUGCGUGCACUAAUUCAACCAAUGUAACAGAAGUGUGAUUCACAUUUUCUUCAUGAAUUAACUGGAUAUCAAAGGAUUUGUUAACUCGUGAAAGCCGAGUCUCAAAUUCAUUCAUACGUUCACAAUCGACAAGAAUUCAACCUCCGCCAUGGCCUCAAGUCUGUCCCUCCUUCUUCUGGUGCUGUGUGCUCUGUCUGGGGCUCAGUCCCAGCUCAAGGUGUUUAACUUGCAUGCCAGCGGUCUUCCCUCGGACAUUUUGGGGAUCAGUGACGGUUAUGUCAAGGUGUUCUGUGGCUCGGCCGCUCUGGGCACAACGGCGGUCCGUAAGGACAACGCUAACCCUUGGUGGGAGGAGGAGUUCUCCUACUUCAAGGCCCAGGAGCACGACGUGUUGAGGCUUGAGGUUUAUGACCAUGAUUUGGUCUUUGAUGACCAGCUGGGCGUGUGCCAGAGACAGAUCCGACCUGGAACCCAUCAGCACGACUGCUUCCUGAAGAGCGGUGGCACCCUCCAUUACGUCUACACCCUCGGCCAAAACACUCAAUAAGCAUUACGGAUAGUUUUCUUUUACAAG